AUGGAGUGGUUAACGAGCGCCGAGGGCAUGAAUGCCCGUCAGGAGCUGGAGGCGUCUGUUCGUGAGCACCACCCUAACUUGCGUGAUGAGGAGAUCGACCUCAUUGUGGACGGUCGUCUACUACGCAUGGUUCGGGAGCGCGCGGCGGAGCAAUCACCUGCGGGCGGCCAGCAAGGGGGAACUGGUGGGGGAGGAGCUGAGCACGAGCCUCCUGGUGCCAUGGGCAUUGGUGGAGGAGUUGUUGCACCAUCCAUUGACACGGGAAUGAUCGGCACGAGCUACGGUCAAUUCAAGUUUGGAGUUGAGCACAUCUCCGUGACGCCGCUGCUAGAGGGAAGGCACGACCUUACCGCGUGGGUCAGCGCUAUCCGACCUCAGCUCCAGUGUGCUGAUUUAUGGCAGUUUUGCAACGGGACAGCACCAAGCCCGGCCCCAAACAACCCCUUGCAACGAAGGGAGUACGCAAAGGGCCAAAUGCUUGCAUUCAUGGUGCUGAACCGCUGUUUUUCUCCUCCCAUCCGAAUGUCUAUCUCUGGUUUCUCUCAGCAAGAGAAAGCCGGGCAGAUAGGAUGGGCAUAUAUCUUGUCUACUUAUCAAGCUCGUGAUGCCCUCCACGCUUCCCUACUUCAGACCCAGUUAGCCCAACUCAGGAAGGGAGAUGAUGAAACGGCGGAAUCCUACUGCAAUAGGGCCCGCACCAUCCGAACGGAGCUGCUGACCAUUGGACAGGAGGUCCACAUGGCCACGUUUGCCGCUCACGUGCUGAAGGGCCUGCCACCGGAGUACGGAUUUCUUUGCCGCAAGCUCGACAUUUCCAGCCCUGGCAUGACGGUGGAACGCCUGUGCAGCGAGGUGUUGAUGGAGGAGCAGGCUCUCUCCAUCGAACAAAGUUACAAGCAGAUCACCAGCGAUGCAUCUGCUUUCUCGGGCGCUGUCAACACCAUCGUGGCUACAACGGGGGUCAACUGGAAGGAAGGAAAAGGGGGAAGAGAGCAGACGGACAAGAAGAAGGAUGGCAAGGGGCGCUGCUACAACUGCAAUGAGGAGGGGCACAUGGCUGCCAAGUGCCCCAACAAGAAGGAGGAUACAACGCCCGCGGCAGCCGCGAGUGUAGCUGAAGGAGACGGGAAGGGCGUGGCGCUCACCGUCGCGUGUUCGGCUGCAAAGUUGCUGGCCAACGACAAGGACUUGUGGUUCCUUGACUCGGGAUGCUCCCAACACAUGACCGGCCGCAAGGAGUGGUUCACGCUCAUGGACAAAGGAGAAAAUCUGCAAUCCGAAGAAGGUGUCACCCGCAUCGUCGCAUCGGGAGGACAAGUGGCUGCAACGGCACGCUACUGCCAUCGUCUUCUCUGCCUUGACCUGAAACCGUGGCCAGCAAGCAACGGCACAACGGCUGCAGCGGCAUGCAACGGCACGGUGGCUGCAUCGGCUUGCAACGGCACGACGGCUGGAGCAGCAUGCAAUGGCACGGUGGCUGCAGCGGCAUGCAACGGCACGGCGGCUGGAGCGGCAUGCAACGGCACGGUGGCUGCAGUGACAUGCAAUGGCAUGACUAAGGCGGUUACUGACGGAGCGGCCAGCCUCAAGACGUACGCGGUGGGCUCCAAGGCAACGCCCAGCCUGUGGCACGCUCGCCUUGGACACGUCCACUUCGAUGCGGUGAAGCGGACAGCCACGAGCGGUGGCGUGUUAGGGAUGGACCUGGAGAAAGGAGAAUCCGCCGCCACCACGUACCGUCAUCGUGGUCCCGGUACCGUCCGUGCAAGGGGGCGAGCAACCCCUUAA